UAUAGAUUGAGGAAUUUUAAGUCCAACAUUUAAUAAAUAUUUAUCAAAGUAUUUAUCUUCGUUGACCGUGGAUUAAAGCCACAUGUUUCUCCUAUCUUCAACUGUGACAUUUUGUGCUCGAUAACCGAUUCUCCAUUCGAGAAUGCAGUCGCGAUAAUUUCUCAGCAAUGAUUAUAGUUAAUACCAAAAGUCACAACACUAUCUAAUCAUGUAUUUUCUUUGGAAUACACAACGGGAAGAUCAAUUUGCAGUUGCAUUCGUAUAUCACUCAGAUAUAUCGAUCGAUUGGUCUUUCUCGCGAUGUUGCGAUUUCCUCUUCUAUCAAAUUGUUUUAUUGUUCUCGCGACAAUUUCAUUAAAAAAAAAAAAUGAAUCGACUUGCCAUAACAUUGAUAAUUACAAUGUGCCAUUAUAAUGGGGUUCUCUUCGAAAUUACUUUGCAAGAUAUGCAAGAUUUGAAAGAAAGUCUAAAUCUCAAGAACUUCAAGAGAUUCAAGAUCUUCAAAAUCUUCAAGAACUUCAAGAUCUUCAAGAGACUUAUGAGAAUGUCUUCAAAAACUUGAUGAUGACAAUAAUCUGGACGCUAACCGGAUAUCCGUGCUGAAGAGGGAGUCCUUCUGCGGUUUGCUCAACUUAAAGCUUCUCUAAUUGAAUUGGUACAUGUUAUCAUUGUCUGUUCGCGGAAUUGCCUUAUCUUCGGUCACUGUCAUUGUACUUUAAAAUCGAAUCGAUGCCAAAAAAUUGCUCAUUUGCUAGUCUGUCAAAUUUAAUGUUUCUCUACUUGGGUUAUAUAACAUAUCAACGAAGCGAAUCCUAAACUGGUGUAUUUAUCACUUGAUAAUAAUAAUAUUUCCUGCGUAGCGCCAGAUUUCUUCACCUUCUACCCAAAUUGGAAACUCUGCAGUUGGACUACAAUCAGCUGAAGAGUUUACCAAACGAUACUACUUUUCGAAAAUUGAACAAGCUGAAGAAUCUCUUCUUAAAUGACAAUCGGAUAACCAGCAUCUGGAGGAUGCUGCUACGCGAUUUGGAAUUGUCUGAACUUGAACAAUUACGAUUGGACGGAAACAAACUGUCUCGUAUUGCAGUUGGCACUUUUGAACGGCUCUCCAAUCUGGAAGAUAUCGGACUGUCUGAUAAUGAAAUCCAGAUCCUAGUGGAUAAAAGCGCUUUCUCAGACCUUGUCAAGUUAUGAAAUCUCGAUUUCUACGGCGACAACUUUAUUGAUAUUGAUAAGAAAAUCAAUGGUCUUCCGCUUAACGUUACAAUCAUAACGACGCCGUAGGGAUCUAUCUGUAUCUAAAUUCGAAAAUUUUUUAAGAAAUUAAUGGCA